AUGCCGCUCAAAAAAGCGGUGCUCGAAUUCAACGGUAUCGGGGAGGAAGCGCACGCUUACCUCGCUGGCCCUGGCGGGGUCAGGCUCGGGCACGCGGCUGGGGCUGAUCUGCCAGCUGAAUACGAUGAACUCGCCCGCCUGCAGGUCAAGUACCCGGCCCCAGUCGCAACGGAAGCCGUACGGCCCCGUUUCGUGGCAGAAGCCGCCGCGGCAGCCGUCGAUGCUGAUCUGUUGCAGCGUGUUUUGCGCCCAGGUAUAUUGCCGGGGCCACCAGUUGUCCAGUUCGUGCACGAAUUUAGCGUAGGCCUGCCGGGCGGGAAUGCCCGUGGCCACCGUGCGCCUGAUGCUUUCCAUAAUCGGUGGUUUGCGCUGAAAACCACAAAUAUAAUGCCCGCUACGGCUGAAAGCGGCAGCCCGGAAUUUGUUAUAUUCGGUUACGGCAAACCCCGGAUACAUGCGGCACGAGCGCGCGGGCGAGCGCCGGUACGGCAUCCGCACUACCGGCACCUACGGCCUCCGCGAUGCCAUUGCCCCGGCGGACCGGCCGCACGCCACCUGGUACGAGCCGGUCAACUAUUAUUCCGCCGGCAUGCUCUUCGACCAGUUACAGCCGGCCGACCUGCAAACCCACUUUCUCGAUGUGGGCUGCGGCAAAGGGCGGGUGCUGGCCAUUGCCGCGGCAUAUGGCUUCCGGCAUAUUACCGGCAUCGAUUUUUCCCCGAAGCUCUGCGCCGCCGCGGCGCAGUUGCAAACCCUGCUGGUGCAGCGGUACAGCGGCAUUGCACUGGAGGUAUUGUGCCUUAA